ACGGUGAGCAGCGAAAACGAACGAAUUCAACGCAUGCUCGCCCAAAACGUCGAGAAACAGCAAACUGGACUGACGUGGUUUUGCAGCUCACGGCGCUCGAAAUACUGUGGAGUCUUGCAUAAAAAAAUAUAUGAAAAAAAAUUAAUUUUUAAUUGAAGUGCCCUAAACAAAGGUUAAAGCAAUGUUUUGAAAUGUUUCGUGCAUUUUCCGUGAGAUCAAAAAAGUUCAACUCCUUUGAUGCGAAUGUCAUUCUACAGUACGCGCCGUCAAUAUUUGUUCAUAACUUUGUUGCUUGUGUGCUUUGGUAAAUUUGCAAGUAGUUUUGGCAGAAACGUAUUCAGCUUACUUUCAAAUUGUGGUGUUUCAUUAUAUAAAGUUUCCUGAAUCAUAAAAUUCGUGCAUCGGCCUGAGUGUGUGGCGUAGUGCGUAAAGCGAAAGUCACUUAUUAAAAUAAAAAAAAACAUCCCACGAGAAGUUUUAUUUCCCGAAAUUCCACUUAAUGCCGCCACCGCCUGUAAUGAUAAUAAGUGUUUCAAGCACUUAAAUUUAAAGUUCACCAAAAAAACCAGAAACCUUUUUGGCUCAGAUCAUCUCAAUAUUUUGAAAUUUGUAUUCAUUUGCAAAUUUAACGAAAACACUUCACCUAAACAACGCUGGGUGCGUGUUUCAAAUUUGUAAUUUUCUUGCAGUAAUAAAAUAAUAUAAAAUAAGCGAACGCCAAAACGAUAAAUAUAACACAAGUGAAAUUGGUGAGAUUUGUGUGCCGAUAUUGUGGCACCGGCGAGCAGAGUUGCAGAAAAAAUUCACAAAACAGUGUUCAUUUUGUAAUGAAUUUCGUUACAGUGUAAUUAAAUUUUAAACUAUUCUGUAUUCGCACAACUACAUACAUAGUUUUUUUUUUUGGUUCGGCUUUGUUUUUGAACAACUGGAUAUUGCUCGACUUUCGACAUUACGUGUGUGGAUUCCAUUAAGCGAGUGCACAAGCGUGAACGCACUGAAGAGCUCUUAACCCGAGUAGAAUACAAAAAAUCUGUUUUCAGCCUGCAACGCCAAAACACACAAAUGCACAAACUACUCGUACAUAUCUCCACAUCUAUGUCACAAUGAAGAGUAUUAUUUCUCACUUUUAUAGUAAUUAUGGCUUUAGUUUUAUUUAUGUGUUACCUCAUCAAACAUCUCGUUCACAAAUGGGGUUAUGAGGCCAAAAACUUGCUCAUCGAUGAGUCUUGGGAUGAAUUCACGGCACUGACGUGGCACGAAACGCCCGUCUUCUACGAUCCAGCUUUUAUCUUCUCAAGUCAUCGACCGUAUAAUGGCGGCGGCAAUGCAGGACUUGGUAGCGGUGACGACUUUAAUGGAUACAAGUACGGUACUCCAGGUGGUAGUAGUGCGAAUAGUGGGCGAAAUACUGGCAGAGUCGGAGCGGGUGCUUCCAGCAAUACGGAAAAUACAUUCAUCAUAACAAAAUCCCAAACUACAGAAACUCCUACAUUUCUGUUUUACACUUCCGCUGGCCAACGGCUCAAUAAAAAUCAAGUGAGCAGCUUUAAUCUAGGCAGCAGCAGCGGAGCGCCCGGCAGCGCGAACAAAGUUUCGUCAAAUAGCCCAGCGUUUUGGCUAAAACGCAUUUCACGCAACGUUGACGGUGUGGUGGGCGUAGAAGUGGGCGGAAAUUUUAGCGCAGCGUUGUCAUCAUUCGAACUAGAAGGGGCACCAGCCACCGUUAACCGUGCGAAACGCAGCAUUACUUCAUCAUCUCAAACUAGUUCAUCCUCAUCGAAACUGUCUCGCGACGUUUCACUCAAUAUGGAUCUCUUGGACAUCGUCGGUGCCGACAAAGGCGCCAAAACGCGAACUAAACGACAAAGCCCCGGUAGGGAAACGCUCUGUAAAACCACCUCACAAUUUAUUACACCUCAAGCGGCCCUCAAUAAUAAAGGGAACUGGAUGUUUGUGGUAAAUGAGCCAAGCACAGCGCGUCAAAUGGUGAAGGCAGAAUUAUGCGCCUCAAACACCUGCUCGAAUCUGUGCCAAUUGCCCAAUGGUUAUAACUCCAGAUGCGAACAGAAAUACGUGCAGAAGCGGCUGAUUGCACUGCAGGCCAACGGUCAGAAUCUAUACACAGACUCAUUUUGGUUUCCGAGCUGUUGCGUUUGCACGAUAGCUGCAAAUUGAGCGAAGUGUGUGCGAUGGAUGCAGCGGGUGGUUAGCGGUUGACUGGCGGCGGAACGGUAAAAAGCAAUGUAUUUAGAGCGUAAAUUUAUUUGCAUUCAUUUAACUCAUUGUUAUCGAGACUUUAAAGUAAUUUAUAUUGAAUUUAUAAGCAAAACUAGAUGUAUGAAAAAUCCACACUACAUAUGUAUGUAGCAUAAAAUGUUUUUUAUUAAAAAAAUUUGCAAAAUCUUAUCGCAAAGCGAAGUAAUGGUU